AUAUCCACAAACCCAGUUGCAGUUGAAUCCGGUCAAACGAUUGGUUCCCCUCGGCUUUACAUACAUACACAUACACAUACACACAUAACGCCUAACCUUAGCUACAUAUUACAGGGGCACGGCGAAUCAUAUUCGACUAGUCUGCAUCUCCGUCUUCCCUUACCACUGCAAUAGAUCUCCAUAGUCUGCUUCUAAACACGAAAUCAAUUUCAUCGAGUAAUUCCCACUUCUGCUACCUCUUGACCAUAACCCCUCUUCGCCAAAACAUCCGUCCACGACGAUAAUUAUCCAAGAUGGCGGCCAAACGUUCCAAGGCCUCGAACGACGACGGAUUCGACGAGCUCUUCGAGGGGAUCGGUGACGAUAACAAAGGAAAGAAGACCAGUAGUAAAUCUAAGCCCGCUGGCCCCAAACCUCGUCGAGGAGACAAAAAGCUCGAACAAGAACUCGCCGAACUUGAAAAUGAACUUGUCAACGAGGAGCCUGCUCGACCUCACACUCCCCGUGUCAAGGAGACCGCCGCUUCUAAGGUAGCCAGUAAACGAAGCAGUACAGCUACCCCUCCGCCGGGUGCCCCUCGACACUCCGAAGACAAGCCAGCCAACGUCGCACGCAAGUCUGUCGACAGCACCCGCUCUCUCCACGCAAGCUUCACCCCCAGUGCCACCAGUUCCGAUCUCCAGGAUGCUGAAAAGAAGGGUACCGUAGAACAGAACGCCCCCGCUUCUGCUGGAGGCGGCUGGUGGGGUGGAAUCUUUGCUACGGCCAGCGCCACGGCAAAUGCAGCUAUGAAACAGGCCGAGGCCGCAUAUAAAGAGAUCCAGCAGAAUGAGGAAGCUAAGAAAUGGGCUGACCAAGUCCGAGGAAAUGUCGGUGCUCUUAAGGGUCUAGGCGACGGCAUCCGCCACCGAGCCCUCCCAACCUUCGCCAAUAUCCUCCACACGCUCGCCCCGCCCAUUUCCUCGCACGAGCGCCUCCUCAUCCACAUCACCCACGACAUCGUCGGAUACCCCUCCCUCGACCCGCUCAUCUACGGCGUCUUCAGCCGUGUGAUGUCGCAAGUCGAAGGCGGAGACCUCCUCGUUGUCCAGCGCGGCCACGAAAACACCGCCCGCCGCUCCUCCACCGACUACAAAGGCGCCUCCAGCUCCGCCGGCUGGCGCGAUGGUCCCUGGUGGCGGCAAGUCGACUCCCCGCGCGACCUAGGCGCCGUCCGAGGUUUGGCCGAGGGAACGAAACUCUGCCGCGUCAGCGCAGAGAGCUACGCGCACGACUACUUCGCAGCAAGCGGUGGCGUGACCGAGGCGCAGAAGCGCGCCCUCGAGCCCGUGUCGGAGGAGAACCCCGUCCGCACAAGCGACAUCUUCCUCGCCGUCCAGCCCAUCGCGCUCGACGGCGACCCGGCCCUCUUCGCCGGCAGCAGCGCCGCCGAAAGCGAGGCUAGCCCCGUCGCGGACGACGCUUCUACCGAUGCGCUCGUCGCCUUCGCGGUGUAUGUCCUCGAUCCGAUCCACGAUAUCGUCUACAGCACCGUCAGCCAACAUAUCCCGGCCAAAUGGAUCCGAUGGCUCGAUGCGCCUGCUCCACUUACACCCAGCAGCGCCGAUGACGACGAGGGCGAGAGGUUCGAGCUUGACGGACAGGAUGUGCCGGAUGAGAUCCGGGAGAUCGUCGAAGGAGGGGGUGUGGAUCCGAGGGAAUGGGUCGCGGAGUGGGUUGAGGAGACGCUGAGCUUGAGUAUUGGCGUCGUGGCGCAGAGGUAUGUGGCUAGGAGGAUGGGCGUGGGUGAGGGGGGCUUGGGGAAGGGGAAGCAGAAGGUUGAGGCGUUGUUGCAGGAGGGGGGUGGAGAGGCUGCCAGGGCGGGGUUGAUUUAGGGGGAUGAGAUGGGAUGAGAUAUGGACAUGAGGAGUGAGAAGUGGUGGUGAAGGACUACUUACUCCUCAAGCUACACGCACGGGUUGCUGGUCAUCGAUGUCUUUGAAUGAGAACGGAGUCAGCGCGGGGUGAUGAUGUAGUAGUUAUAACCCAGGCCAAGGUUUUCAUAUUCAUAUUGUUUUUGAGAUGGUUCGUCUAUCUGUCUAGGUAGGUACUCGAGGUAUAAUAUGGAUGGGAGAUGAUUAGGUAUUGAUUAAUGAAGAUCGAAUUUACUCA